UUCAGAUGAUAUAUCAAACACGACGAAGGUGCAAGUUCAGAUUACCCAUUCUGACCAAAGAAUCCCUUGUGGCUUGAGAGACUUUUGCACCCCGAGAUAUUUCAGCUGUGAUGAAUACUUACAGGUCCUCCCCAGAACAGGCACGCUCGCACUAAAACAGUAACUCCUCCCCCUCAUAGCACUAACGCUUAACUGAACUUUUGGCCCUCACUAGCACUCCCUUCGCUGUCUAUCCUGUCCCACGCCAACAAACAAGGCUCCAUGCGCACCUCCCCGGGCAAUUUGGAGACCUCCUCCUCCCUCACAACUUCCACCACCAACAUGACCUCCACCACCACGAGCUCGAGUGCGCACGCCACCCAAGGAGAGAGUAAUGCCCCGAAGAAGCUUUUCACGAGGCAGAACUCCCGCACAGACACUGAGGGCUUCGUCCUGUCUCCCGUCAGAGACAGAGACGGUAGCCUGAUGGUGGGGGUGAAGGGGAUCGUGUAUAAGAUCAAAAAGUUCGAGAGUGAGUACAAGCUGACGACCGUCGUGGAUCGGCUGUAGGAUCUAGAGAUUCUUGGAAG